AUGCCGACGAACACCACCGUCUCGAAUGUCAGUCCACUCGUUUCGUACAUCCCGCAUAGCGCUUGGUUCGAGGGCACGCCAAAAAGCGAUCCUAAUGUGACCCAGUACACGACGCAGAGUUACCAUGCUACCAAUGGCUCUGUUUCGGGCAACGCCAGUCUCGUCUUCUCGUGGUGGGGCACAGGUAUGAUCCACGGUGCCCACCGAACGCGAUCGGGCUCAUAUCAAGUCGUCAUUGAUGACGGGCGGCCGAGCUUGUACGAAGGGUAUUCCGGAGGACCAGAAUCCCUGGAUCAAGUGCUUUACUCUGCGUCGAGCCUCCCUGCCGGACCUCACCAGGUCAGGAUCACGAACGCUGGCCAGCACCCGGACCAGUCUGUACUGGAUUUCGACUACCUCGUUUUUGAGAGUCCCAUGGACGAUGUUGACGUAGUGCAACACACGGACGCUGCUUGCAGCUGGCUCCCGCAAUCAGAAGGUGUCUGGCAAGUGGACGACAGCUCACACACGACCAACAACGGCGCAGGGUUCAUGGACAUGAGCUUCACAGUGAGUACUGGCGUCGUGUUGUAUGGCUAUCUGAACGCGUCAAGCGCGUCGUUCGACGUGUCCAUCGAUGGCUGGACCAUAUCUUCUCUUACUCCAAACACCGCCGUCGCCCCACUCUCCCAACAAACCCACGCUCUUUUCAUGACCGACGAUCUUGACCCCGGACCUCACACCCUUCGCAUCGAGAACAGCCCGUAUGCCCAAUCCACAUCGGCAAGUGAUCUGAGCAUUUCUCAUGCCCAAAUAUUCGGACAAGCAUCCGCGCAGUCUACUGGGCAGUUCAGGUGUGUAGUGUGA